AUGCUGUCACAUACUGUGAAGAAAAGUCACCUUUGCAGUUACACAGAUAAUGUUCCCCGCUCAGCAGAAAGCUGAUACAUAGCGAUAGAGAAGACAAGAAACAAGAACAUAACGAUGAAUACUUCAAUGACAAAAAUUGAAAAACAAGAACGAAAUGGAACGCAAAGCUGAAAGUAAUCCAUUGUUGAAAGAUGAUGAACAGGAGCGUUUUCCAAACAAAAUCCGGAUGUUUUGGAAAAAGUCAUUAAAACAACCUUACAAGAAUUUUCACAGAUGCAUCAAACUUUAAAGACUUUUUCAAGAUUUUAUUAGCAUAUGGUUGACAGUGUUUUACAUCCCACAGUCAGAAAACUUUCCCAAUUUACACCACAUAAGCUUGUGGAGGAUAAUAAGAAUGAAAGGGAGGAACAGUGGGGUGAUUAUUGCAAAGAGUACUAAAGUGAUGACAUCAAAAAAUUAAAUUUCUGAAAUUAUAGGAUUUGUCACAAUAUUCCGAAAGAACAACGUCCAAGAGGCCUAAUGGCCAAAAAUAAGCAUUUCGGGGCAAAUAUUAGCCCAGCUAUGCUAAGAAAACUUUAUACAAACCCUUCUCAAUCGUUUUUUUGCGUAGAACCCCAUAAAUUUAGAAGGGUUUGUCAUUGACCAGAGAGGAAAAGAAGAUCGUAUCACAAAAGCAUCAGAUUAUCCAAGAAUGGCCAAGGCAAGAGAAGAAUUGCAGAUUUCCUCUGACAGAUACUAUUGGAGUCCAACUAAGAAUAACAAAGAAGAGGUGGAGAGACAUAGGGGCAAAUUGCAUGAGCAGUAUAAUACUUAAAUGGAAGACCUGGACAAGAUAAUCAGGCAAGUUGAGACAGCUGAUGAAGAAUUCAGACAAAAAGAGUUGGAGGUUGUUCAAUGAAAUAACUGGGAGGAGGACUGCCAAGAAAGGCAUCAAAAAGGCUACGGACAAGGAAGACAGAAUCAAUGAGUGGUAUACCCACUUCAAAGAACUUCUGGCAGACGAACGUACCGUUGAAGGAGAGCUGGACGCAAUAUCACCUAUCUUAUGAGGUAUGGGGAUCGUAGACAGUCUGUUCACUGAAGCAGAAUACACAGCGGUAAAGAAGUCUAUCAAGGAAGGGAGGGCAUGUAGACAUGAUGGUAUAUCUGCGAGAGUUCUUAAACAGUGUGACUUGGACAAUAUCAUCCUUGCUUUUGCGAACAAACUGCUUGAUGGAGAUAUGCCAGAACAUUGGUAAGAUACGAUCUUAUAUCAAUGCUGAAAGCUGGUGACCUAGGAAGAAUGGAGAACUACAGGGGGAUAUCUCUCUCUUGCAUUGCUGCAAAAUUUGUAAACAAAUGAUCUUGAACAGAAUCAGGUCAAAAAUCGAUUAACACCUAUGACCCAGUCAGAAGGGGUUUCGUCCUGGACAGUCAACAACAGCACACAUAUUCGCAGCGAGACAACUAAUUGCAGGUGUGAAAAGUCAUAACUUGAAGGCUGUUCUGGUAUUCAUAGACUUCAAAAAGGGUGGAGACAGCAUUAAAACCGCAGAAAUUUUCAAAAACAGUACGACUUUUUUGAGAGGAGCAGGGGUAGCAGAACCUGUUCCAAACACACAUCAGUCCAUCGGAGCAACUAUAGCACAACCGUCCUCAACAUCAAGCAACCUGGGUGAAGAAGUUGUUAAGCAGGCCCCUCUACUACGAAGUUUCAAUGGAGCAAGAGAUUUCCUAAGCUUUAGUAAUAAAAUGGAAGGAUAUAACUGAACAGGACAUCAUUGCCAGUUCCAAUGAAGUCACAGUGGGUGUUUUGUCAAGCACACUUGAUGAGACUAAGAACAGCUGGCGAUACAACUUUUACUUUAAAAAAAUUCCUUGGAAGUGGUUGAAACCGUUGCAAAUAUGACUUGAAAUUUAAUGUCACAUUUGGUGAUUUUGAUGAAAACUAAGCUUAUGCUAUGCUUCAACUAAUUGCAAAACAUUUUCCAAAGGCUCAAAGUACGUGCCUAACAGAAGUACUGCUGCCUGAGGCACUUUUCCACCCGUGCUGCCAUCAACUAGAUAUGACCUAUGACGAGGCAGAAACAUUCCUAUCCCUUGGUGGUGAGGAAGAAUUGGGAGAGUUCAUGGCACACCUAAAAAAAUAUAAAAUUAGACAAGAAAACUAAAAAGAAAAAAAAAACUUUGGAAAGAAAAGAAAAAACUGUGCACAGGGCAGGGAGGUAAAGGUUAUAAAACUUUGUCAGAUGGAUGAGCAAGCAAUCCUCAGAAGCAAAGUUUAACCUGGAACCAGAGGAUAGUGCUAUAAGCAAAACUGCAAUGCUUACCGACAGACACAUUCAAAUGGCACAGGAGCUGUUACAUGGCCAAUUUCUUCACACAGGGGGACUGAUGUCACCUUCACUAUCAACUGUCCGACAGUUUCUGGCAAUGAGACAGGAAGUUGUCCAAGUUCUUCACACUGGAGGGCUCCAUUGGGUCACCGUGAGCACUAUUGGAUGUAAGGGGAACAACAAAAUCAAUUUAUAUAACAGCCUUUCCCAUGGCAUAUCUCCCCAGAGUGAGGAGCAGAUAGCAUCCGUUCCUUUUGUUGAUAAUGCUGACCAUCUUGAGGUAUCUAUUCCACCAGUUGUUCAACAGACUAAUGGAAUUGACUGUGGAGUAUAUGACAUAGCAUUUGCCACAGUCCUCUGUGACAACGUAGACCCAACAUCUCGUAAGUUCAACAGACGAGCAAUUAGAGAUCAACUUUGGUAA